CUUAUAAAGGGGGUGCGCUUCUGAAUCUUAGCCCGCACCGGAAGAGUCCAAUAUAAGGAAGGCAAGUGCUCUUCUCAGCAGCUACAGAUCAGCUACAGAAGAUGGGUAGCCUUCCGAAUCACAUCUCUGAAGAUGCUUUUGAACUGCUUGCUACACAAAGCAAGGUCAUCACUUGCAAGGCUGCCGUGCUUUGGGGUCCCAAAGAGCCGUUUGUGAUCGAGGAGAUUCAAGUUGAGCCCCCUCACAAGUUGGAGGUCAGAAUUAAGGUCAUCUGUACAUCCAUCUGCCAUACUGAUCUUAGCUUAUGGAAAGGAGAGAAUGAAGCACAGAGAAAGUUCCCAAGGAUAUUAGGCCAUGAAGCUGCAGGGAUCGUGGAGAGCGUGGGAGAAGGGGUCGUGGACAUGAAGCCAGGGGAUCAUGUGAUCCCCAUCUUCAGUGGGGAGUGCGGAGAUUGCAAGUUCUGCAAGUCCGAGAAGACCAAUCUGUGCGAGAAGUACCGGGUUGACCCAUUCCGGAGCACCAUGCUCGGCGACGGCCGAACUCGAUUCUCCGUCAGGGGGCAGCCCGUCUACCACUUCCUCUCCACCUCCACCUUCAGCGAGUACACCGUCUUGGACCACGCCUGCGUCGUGAAGAUCGACCGGGAGGCGCCGCUGGAGAGGAUGUGCCUGCUCAGCUGCGGGGUCUCCACAGGGGUUGGGGCUGUGUGGAACACUGCAAAAAUGGAAGCUGGAUCGAGCGUCGCUAUCUUUGGGCUCGGGGGAGUGGGCCUUGCAGUUGCAGAAGGUGCGAGGGUGAGUGGUGCCUCCAGAAUCAUCGGUGUCGACAUCAACCCGGACAAAUUCAUCAAAGCUAAAGCAAUGGGAGUAACGGAGUUCGUCAAUCCCAGGGACUACGACAGACCAGUGCAUCAGGUGAUUAGGGAGAUGACUGAGGGAGGAGUGGACUACAGUUUCGAAUGCUCCGGCAACUACCAAGUGCUGCGCGAGUCGUUUUUGUCUUCUCAUGAUGGAUGGGGGAUGACCAUAAUUGUAGGGAUACAUGCAAGUCCAAAGAUGCUGCCCUUGCACCCCAUGGAGUUGUUCGACGGAAGAGGCAUAAUCGGCUCCACAUUUGGAGGCUUCAAGGGGAAAACUCAACUGCCCGGUCUGGCCAUAAGGUGCAUGAAAGGGGAGGUGAAUUUGGAAGGGUUCAUAACGCAUGAGCUGCCGAUGUCUCAGAUCAACCAAGCAUUUAAACUGUUGAACGAGGGGAAGACCCUGAGGUGUCUGCUUCACGUGGCCUCCUCUGCCGUCGGCUUGAGCGGCUGAACGCAGGCUCAGAACGUUUACAUGCCUAUAGCGGCUCACCAUACAUUUAUAAAUUGUAACUCGAACCUGUGAUGUUUUGACAUGGCAAUUUACAUGUUCGCCGGCCGGCUACUUUAAAUGAAGUGCUCGAGCACGUUUCUUCGUUUGGGAAA